UCAACAAACAUGGCUGAAGCUGCAGGGAGCUCGCAGCAACACGAGUCGUCGUCCUCACACGUCCAGACGUUCUCAGCCCGACAUCCCAUGAUCCCCAAACUGUACGUGAUGCCAUGGAAACAGGACAUGAAGAACCAGAGGCUCCUCAUGAAGAACGCAGCUCUGGCAGAGAUACCUGUGGUUCCUCUUGAAGAGUCUUUGUGUCUUCGUGGUCGAGAGCGUCUCUGCCACAGUCAGGACGUCAACCGUCACUUCGCCUCUUCAUCCUCCUCAUCUUCCUCUUCGUCCUCGGCUCCUCUCAGCCACUCAGGGCUGCCAGCUCAUCACUCCUCCCACUUCUCCAGGUACAACAGCUCCGUGGUGACGACCAGACGACUUCACCGAACCUGACAAUGCACAUCACACAAAUACUGUUAACUUAAAGAACAACAGUGGUUUUCCUCAGAUAAUAUAAUUCAUGAAGAUACAUUCUAAUGGUUUUAAAUUCAGUUGUCAUAGGUUCUG